AUGUAAAAAAUUGUUAACUUUUAAGUGAGGCUUAAAUAAGUAGUCUAAUUUGAGUAGAUAAAUGAAGAGUUAGAAAAUCUAAAAAUAAUAGUAAUAAUUUUUGUUCAAUUGUAUAUAUAUAGUUUUCUGAAUUAAUUUCAAGUCCAUUAAAUGAUAAUGAGAAGUUAAAUGUGUACUAUGAAAUCAAUUUAAUACUAACAAGUUUGUUAGAUUAAAAAAAUAGAUCAACUUAAGAAAAAGACUAAAUUAAAAAUUUAAUGAAAAUCAUGAUGAAUAAUCUUGAGGUUUAAGAAAUGAUGUUUAGAAUUGCUGAUGAAGAAAGUAUUUAAGAAUAUUUAUGUAUAGCUGGUUAAAUAUAGGAAGUAAGAAGCUUAAGUAUCAAUUAUAAAGCAUCAAGGAUUGGUCGUGAAUAUAUUACAUAAAAAGCAGAAUAAUCAUAAUAAAAAGUUGUUGAGAAUUAGAAUCUUAAAUUAAUAGUUGAUUUUCAAUAAGAAUAAUAGAUUUAAUUCAAUGAUAAUAUUUAUGAAUAAUAAUCAAAGGAAGAAUAAUCUUUAAUUUAAUCACCACCAUCAAAUAAAUAUAUUGAGAUAGCUUAAGAUGAAUUAUAAGAAUUAAUAAAUAGAAGUAAAUACGAAUUUGAUUAAACUAAGAUUGAUUAAGUAAAUAUUUUUAUUAAAUUAGGCUUAUGAAUACGCAAAAUAGGCUCAGGAUAAAUUUAAAUCUGAUAUAAAUUAUUAAUAAUAUUCAGAAUAUGUAGAUUAAAUAAUUGUAUAAUAUAAUUAUAUGAUUGAAAAUGUUAAAGAAUUGGAUUCUGAUGGUUGGAUAUUUGAUGGCUCAAGUAAUGGAAUAUCUGUGAAAUAUAAAUUUCCAGAAAAUACUUCAACUGCUUCUAUGCUAAUGGAAACUAAGAUUCCUGUAAAUGCAAUAAGAGUUUUAGCAUUAGUAAAUGAAAUGGAUUUAAAUUAUUUAUGGGUUCCAUUUUGUAAAAGAACUUAUGUUAAUAAAGUUUUAAAUAGAGCUUGUAAGGUUUGUACAUCAGAAAUGUAUUUCCCUAUAAUUCCAGAUAGAGAAUGUGUUUUUGUUGGUGAAGGAUAUGAUAGAUUAUAAGUUAAUGGAACUAUUACAUUAUUAUCAAGAUCUGUAGAUAGUGAUAAAGAAUUUUUAGAAAAGAAUGGAAUAUCUAUACCAGAAAAAUCUAGGUUUGUUAGAAUGUAUAUUAAAUAUUAUAUUUUUGAAAUUACUCCUAUUGAUAAAGAUUCAUGCUCAAUAAGAGCUUGUACAAAUGUGAAUCCUAAAAUCUCGAUGGUUCCUAAUAGUGUUUUAGCUUAUAUUGGAAGAAAAGUAUUACUUAUAUUUUAUAUUUUAGUUUGCUCAUAUUUUAAUUUCAAAAAUUGUUAAUUUUGCAAAAACAUUCGAAAAAUCUCCUUUUUAUCCUGUUUAUUUGGAACAUAUAGAAUUUUAUAAUUGGUUAGAAGAAAAAUUAAAAAACCAUCUUAAAUAUUGA